AGUAUUUUAACACAUUUGCGGAGGUGUUCUUUGCGCGAAUUACUGGUGGUUGAACAGAUCAUACCGAAAGAAUUUGUAAGAACCGAAAGUAGUAACUUGGCCAUAUAUGGAUCAGACCUCAGGGGGUUGUUUUUCGUGACAACCAAUCACUUAGAAGACCGCUUGAAUUCAGCCAAUCAGGACUGUCUGGUUCGUUCGAUCCGAACAGCCAGUAACUGAUUCACAUCGAAGUAAAGUUCUGUUCUCAUCAUUCGCUUGAGAAAAUUUUUGAACUAGUUCUUCCAAAAUGAUGAACAGCUUUCAACAAGCAUUCUACGAUACUCCGGAUUCGCUCUCGCUGCACGAAAUGGUGGAUUGCGAUAGCCGGGAAAUGGAUUUUAAUUUGAACGAUCCGUUGUUUCAAUUGCAGGAGCAGGGUAUCUUUCAAGAUAUACAGCAGUUGACAGUAAAGCAUGAAAGGCCCAGAACGGAAUGCCAUCCCGCGGCCGAUUUAACAAACUUGCAAUGGCUACAAAGCGUUAGUAUACCCAUGGAAAAAGGCUCUGCAAGCGAGAAACAAGUUAUGGUUGAUCCUAAUACUGCUUUACCAGUACAGUGGCCGAAUCAGCAACAAGUUUCCAUGUCCCAAGUACACACUCAAGUCAACGUUACUGCAGUUCCACCUCCUCAGAUUUUGCAGGCACGUGCGACUGAUUCGAAGCCCAAAAUCCACCAGCACAACCAGAAAAAUGGCUUGAAAGAUAGCUUAAAAUCACAGGAUAAAGCCUACCCGAAGCCUCUGUUUUCAUAUUCUUGUUUAAUCGCUAUGGCUUUGAAGAACAGCGAUUCAGGCACACUCCCAGUCAGUGAAAUCUACAAGUUCAUGAUGGGAAAAUUUCCGUAUUUCAAGACAGCUCCAGAUGGAUGGAAGAAUUCUGUGCGGCACAAUCUCUCAUUGAACAAGGCAUUUUGUAAGCUGGAAAGGCCUCAAGGUGCCUCUCAGAGAAAAGGAUGCCUGUGGUCAUUAAAACCUGAGAGACGUGAACAAAUGGAUAAGGAAAUAAGAAAAUGGAAGAAAAAACAUGCUGAAGCAAUUAGAGCAAGCAUGGCAAAUCCAGAGUUAUCCAUCUCAAGUGAGGACUUGGAAAAUUCUCCAGAGCUGAUUCAGUCAGAAAAUUGUGAAGACAUAGCAGCAGCAGAUGCCGCCAAGGAACUAUUUGGCAAUGAUUUGAUUCAAGAAAUUCAACAAAAUGAAGUACUGGAUUGGGAUGACAUCAUCUCUCAAAGCACCGAACUUCCACUUGAUCCAACACUCAGCACUUGUACAACCUUGCCGAUGUCAACACAGCCAAUCAGUGGCAUUCAUGGAUGCGAUCCAAUCACAACCACGGUAGAAAUGGAAAAUUCUGCGCAAUACUUUGUUAAUAGUGAUGGGCAAGAUUUUGACAUCCCACUUCCAAUGGUGUCUCAGUACUACAGCUUGCAACCACAACAUAUCAAUGUGGGUUUUUGAUUUAUCAUAGAUUUAGUUAGGACUUAUUGAAAAAAUAAUUUGUUUAAUUACCAUACAGAGACCAUAAAUUUCUUUAAGUCUUCUCUAUAUUGAAAUGUAAAUGCAUUCUUAAGUGAGGUGAAAAUACAUGAUGUAGAUGUUUUUCCUUUUUUAUCAAAUAUUUGGAAUUGAAGAAGCAAUACUUCAAAAACACUCUUUACAGGGUUGUCUGUCCAUAAACAUAAAGAUCAGUACAUAACUUUUUAUCUUUAAGAUCUGCAAUGUUGGCAAUGAACCUUAAGGGAGCAAAUAUAUGCUACAAAGUUGACUUUCUGAUAAAGAAGUAUUUAUCACCCUUGGACACCACAAUUCUCUCUUAAAACCCCCAAAACCCUGCAAAAACUGUCAAUGCUUUUACAUAUGGUUGCAUAUCUUUCGAGGUAUUAAUAUUAAAUAUUUCAUUUUCUCUAAAUAUUUCAAAUUAUUUCUUAGAUUAUUUGUUUUAAAACUGUGGUCUGCAGUCAUAAUGUUGAAGAUUGUUUAAGCAAUAAUUGCAUGCUUUGUAUAUGCACUUAAACCUUUUAUUAUGUUGUAUCUGUGUGUUUAUAUUGCAUUUAGUAUUUGUACAUGUAUAUUUAUAAUAUUUUAUUGGUAAUAACAUCGCUAAUACUUAUUGUAGCUGAUUUCUUUUAAUUAACAAGACUUGAAUGGGUGACGAGUGGGAGAAUGAGGUGUUGUGUACAGCAUUCAGUGUUGUAUCUUUGUUCCUCUCUUGUAAACUUAAAGUUUGCAUUUUUCUUUUUUUUUUUUGUAGUCUUGAGGUUCUUGGUUGUGAUGAAAAUUAAGUUAAUCAUUAGUUCAAAAGAAUUUGUCUGCAUAAUGAACCACUCUUUCACUAUCUCACAAGUGUAUAAACAUAACUCAUAGUCGCAUGAAAAGAUUGAAGUCUGUUUUUUACUCUGGGAAUUUAAUGCAUCCAUUGAUUUGUAACUUUAAUCUCUGGGUCCUCAAAUAUCAUGAUUAGUAAGUAAUGCUUUAACCUCUUUGUACCAUCACAAAAUGACAUUGUCAAAGAUAACAUCCCCGAGUUAUUGUAUAUAGAACCAAUAUUUAGCUUAGGAGCACUAAAACAUCACUUCACACAAAAUACAUUCAAUAGGCAAACAUUUGUACAGUAGAUUCACCACUAAUUUAAAUUUGUAGCUAGUAUUUAUUUUGUUACACUAGAGGUACAUUUUCUUUCAAGUGCUGACACAAUAUUAUGUACUGAUGUCAUGUGAAACUUGUGCUCAUCUUUGGGACUGAUAAUGUUACUAAAAUACGAUCAGUCAAAAGAUGUAGUGGAAAUUGAUAAUAAUGAUUAAUAAUAAUAAUAUAUGGUCAAUGUACAACUUGUAAAUAAGAUCAUUUCUUUAGUGAACUAAUCGUAUUGCAGAUUUAAAAGUUGUAGGGCAUUAUGGUAUGCAAGGCAGUGGGCAGAUAUGCUUCAGCUCUGUCAAUAAAGAGAAGCUCAAAAUCUCAAA